AUGGUCCCCACCUCAGCAAGAACGGUUGCAAUUCAAUUGUUAAUACUUCAGCUUGCCUUAGUAGGAAACAUUUUCUGUGGGAAUGUGCUUAUCUGGCCAGAGGAUGCCAGCCACUGGCUAAAUAUCAAGGUCAUUAUCCAGGAACUGCUGCAUAGAGGUCACAAUGUCAGCAUCCUAGCCCCAUCAGCGUCCAUCUUAAUCGAACCCAGCGAUGAUAUAUCAGCUGCCAAGUUUGAGGUGUUCCCUGUGCCCUAUGGAAAGGAUGAGGCCCAGUCAUUCUUUGAGGAAUUUGUCACGUUGUUGCUGGACCACAAGCCAACUGCUCUGACCUUCUACAGGUUUUACCAAGAGAUGCGAAAGAUGAUGAGGAAAGUACAUGAGUUCCAUAAGUUCAAGUGUGAAAAUGUGCUGGCCGAUCAGGAACUCAUGGCCCGCCUGAAAAAGAGCAACUACGACGUGCUCCUUGCAGACCCUGCGACACCCUGUGGCGACCUGAUUGCUGUGAAAAUGGACAUCCCAUUUGUGUACACCCUGCAGUUCACGCCAGGCCUAACAGUAGAGAGACACUGUGGCAAGAUACCUGCCCCUCCUUCCUAUGCCCCGGCUGUCUUGUCUGGGCUCACAGACAGAAUGUCUUUUGGAGAAAGGGUGAAGAAUAUAAUAUCUUACCUCGUGCAAGACCAUGUUUUCCAGACCUGGUAUGGCGAUUGGGACUCUUAUUACAGUCAGGUUUUAGGUAAGCCUGUUUUUGUUUCUUCUUCCCAAAGUGCUAUUAUUAUUUGGUAGAGUAGAUGCUCUAAAGAGGCCAAGGAUUCCAACUUCAGUCCUUGGCACGACCAGUUAGAAAGGGCCUCCAAGUAGCAGGACUGGAAAGGCCUCAUCCUGAGGCUGUGUAGAGCCACGGUCAGCUGGGAAUAGACUCUACUAAGCUUUAGAGCCUGAUCAUCUGUAAGGGAGUGAGGAGUGAAUCUUACCUGCUUUGUUCUUUUAUGGCUUCACCCAGUUGCUUUGCCUUCUGUACAACUCCCCCUGAGCUCAAAUUGAACUAGAAUGAUAUCUAAAAUUAGCUUUGGAGUUGAAGCACAGACAUUAUUCUGGGAUUUUCUGCUCAUUUCCAUCACUCAACAAAUGAUGAGCAAGCAACUUUUAUGUAGUUCUAUCUAUUAUUUCAUCAGGAUCCUUCUGUGCAAUAUUUUACUGAUGUGUUUUAUUGCAAUGGAUGGCAGAGAAACUUGAUCUGAUAUUGUAAACCUAUGUAAAUUCCACUUCCCGGAGUGACAGACACACAACUAUGCUUUGAAACUGGAGUUACCUGAAUUUUGCAAUGCAGUUCAAUCGACCAAAAACAUUGUACAAAAAUGUGUAAGUUAUGUGAAGCAUGCAGGGAAAUGCAUACAUUUGUGAGAAUAGCUUUGUAUAUUUGGGAAAACUGCUUGCAAAGAUGUGUAUAAUAUGCAAAAGUGCAUACAAAAAUAUGUCUGUUAGGAGUGACACUUUUUUGUGAAAACUUUUAAAAUGAAUGACAUUUUAAUGCACUAAUGUGGACAAUUUAUUGUGGAAGAAAGAAACAGAGCAGCCACAAUUGACCUAUCCUUAGCUCCUGCACAUUGGAAAGAUACCACAUGAAGAUAAUUUUCAUAAAGCUGUAUGUGUGAUCACCACCACACUGUUGUUGUUGUUUUGAGGGGAAGAUGUGUUAUCAAUGCAUCAGUAAUAUUGAGGGGGAAAGAAAGUCAAGGAAACGGAAGGAACCAAAAGCUGCAACAGAUAGUAUCUGCACAGGGUUCUUUGCAGAAUUCAGUAACAAGAACUGAACCAAUGGCCUGGUUUGUCAAUAGAUUGUCACUAGUUCUGGUGCACAUUCAGCUACCAACGCUGACUUCAGGCCAAUUGGUUCUUUCUAACAUUAUGGAAGAGAAAACUUGGACUUACCCCUGAAAGAAUAUCCAUGAAGGAGCCAUAGCCAGUCCAGGCUUGCUAAUGAAUGAGUGCUCAUAAUACAUGUAUUUCUUUCUGUCCCCAGUUCCUGUUCACAUCUCUUACUUUUUUUUAGGUGUCCAGUUGAAAUGUAAUGUGUGAACCAGCUUUCACUAUUUGUGGAAAUGUUGAAAACGUGAAGGAGAGACAAGCUGAAUGUAACCUCAUUCCUCUUUCUCAUUCGACAGGGAGACCCACAACUCAGUGUGAAGUGAUGGGGAAAGCGGAAAUCUGGUUGAUCCGUACCUACUGGGACCUUGAAUUCCCACGGCCUCUCCUACCAAAUUUUGAGUUUGUGGGGGGUCUGCAGUGUCAGCCAGCCAAGCCUUUGCCAGAGGUAAUUCUGAAACCAAAUUUCAGUUGGGUGUGCUUUCUUCAGAGAAGGUCCCAUUGUUCUUGCUGGGUGAAUUAUACAUUUUGAGAAGUGUAGCAAAUGUAGUGAAUGAGCAGGAUGGAAGCUUAUCAUCACUGAUAUAGUUGUGCCAGGAAGAACUUGGCCUGCUUAAUUUUCUGCUUUUCAGGCUGAUGUGAAAAGCACAGGUGAAAAAGUGGGGAAAGGUGUCUGCAGCUGGAGUGACCAGUGACUUGGUCUGUUGUAAACUCUGCUCUCUGGGUGGCGCUGUGGUCUAAACCACUGAGUCUCUUGGGCUUGCCGAUUGGAAGGUCGGCGGUUCGAAUCCCCACGAUGGGGUGAGCUCCCGUUGCUCUGUCCCAGCUCCUGCCAACAUAGCAGUUCGAAAGCACAACGGUGCGAGUAGAUAAAUAGGUACCAAUGUGGCAGGAAGGUAACCGGCAUUUCUGUGUGCUCUGGCACUUGUCACUGUGUUACGUUGUGGUUUAGUCAUGCUGGCCACAUGACUUGGAAAGCUCUCUGUGGACAAACACCAGCUCCCUCAGCCUGAAAGUGAGACGAUUGCCGCACCCCAGAGUCGUCUUUGACUGGACUUAACCGUCCAGGGGUCCUUUACCUUUUACCUUUAGAAGCCUAUUAUCCAUGGAGCCUAAAGCACAGUUUGGAAGCUGGAACUUAAAGAUCAUUUCCCAAACACUCCCUCACAACAUUAAAUAUCAGGAAAAAUAUUCACAUUGCUACUCAUGCAUCAGGUUCAAACGGCAAAGACAUGGAGGAAUGUGACUUGUCAAUAUAUUUAUUUUUAAAUAUGCUUUGAACUUUUGACAGGAAAUGGAAGAAUUUGUCCAGAGUUCAGGAGAACAUGGCAUUGUGGUGUUUUCUCUGGGCUCUCUUGUUGCAAACUUAACGGAUGGAAAAAGUAACAUGGUUGCAUCGGCACUUAGCCAGCUUCCACAGAAGGUCAGUGUUCAUGUUGUUUGGUAUAGAAAACAAAAACAAAAAGUUGUACAGUGGACUUGUGAAAAUGCUGCCCCAAUUCCCUUAACUGACCUGUGAAAUUGCAUCCCUUUACUGCAAACACAUUAAAGAUUUUCUUUUCUUGAAAUCUACUUAAAUACAUUGGAGUUGUGUUAGACGUUGAAGCUAUCCUUGUCUAAUACAGUCAUACCUCGGGUUACAGAUGCUUCAGGUUGCGUUUUUUUCAGGUUACGGACCCGCUGAAAUCCAGAAAUACCGGAAUGGGUUACUUCUGGGUUUCGGUGCUCGCGCAUGCGCAGAAGCGCUAAAUCGCAUUUUGCACAUGCGCAGAAGUGCCGAAUUGCAACCCACGUGUGCGCAGACGCGGCGUUGCGGGUUGCGAACGCUGCGGGUUGCGAACGUGCCUCCCGCACAGAUCACGUUCGCCACCCGAGUAUCCACUGUAAAUGUUGUGAGAGUUAAUUACUGGUGCAGAAUAAUUCAUAGAGAAGAAGAUGGACGGUGGAAUUUGCUCUGGAUAACUUUUAGUUUAUUUGUUUUCUUCAAUUUUACCCGUACAUUAUGAAUGUAGGAGUCAUGGAAGCUUUCCUCUUUUCUUCCUAAUCCAGGUUCUUUGGCGCCACAAAGGGAAAAGACCAGAAACUUUAGGUGCCAACACCAGGAUUUAUGACUGGAUACCACAAAAUGAUCUUCUUGGUGAGAGAGACCUCAUGCUUGCUGCAGUUAUGGCUUCAUUGCUGUGUUCUGCCAGUCCCUUGGAAAUAUCUCUCCUCCAUCCUCACUUUCCUCACUCAUGACAGCAAUGAGCAUUCUCCCCUUGUUCUAUUCUGAUCCAUUCCUGAUCACAGAAUGGUAGUUGUUAUGUAUCCAGUGGUCUGUGUUUGCCUGAGCUUGAGUCCGGACUAGGGAUUCUGAGCCCCUGUGUCCUGAUUCAACACAUGAUAAUCCAACCACAGAACGUUUCAGGAUUUGGGCCACUGCCAUUGUCCCUUAAACUCUGAGUUGUGAUUCGCAGCUUAGAAGUUUAGAUAGCCAAUCACGUUGGGAGUGGCCCAGACAUUCAGAAAUGAAUAUAAGCAGUUGCUCUGCCCCUGUUCUUUCCCGCCCUGACCUGGCCACAGUGAUCCAUGCGACGGUCACCUCCAGGCUUGACUACUGUAAUUCGCUCUAUGCGGGGCUGCCCUUGAAGCUGUCCCAGAAACUCCAGCGGGUGCAGAAUGCUGCAGCGAGACUCCUCACGGGGUCUCUGCCAUGGGAGCAUAUUCACCCAGUGCUUUUCAAGCUGCACUGGCUCCCGGUGGAGUACAGGAUCAGAUUUAAGGUGCUGGUUUUGACCUUUAAAGCCCUUCACGGCCUAGGAUCCUUGUACCUACGGGACCGCCUCUCCCAGUAUGCCCCACAGAGAGCCUCAAGGUCCAUAAAUAGCAACACCCUAGUGUCCCAGGCCCUAAGGAACUUAGAUUAGUCUCAACCAGAGCCAGGGCCUUUUCAACACUGGCUCCAGCCUGGUGGAACGCUCUGUCUCAUGAGACCAGGGCCCUGCAGGAUCUGAUUUCUUUCCACAGGGCCUGUAAGACAGAGUUGUUCCGCCUGGCCUUUGGCUUGGAGCCAAUUUGAUUCCCCCCACCUUUCUUUUUCCUUCUCCUCCUGUGAUGAGGCUGCAUUUUAAUAUUUUAAUGUUUCAAUGUUUUAAUGUUGUAUUUUAACCUUGUUUUUAAAGUUGUAUUCAUUCAAUUUGUUUUUAUUAUUGCUUGUUAGCCGCCCUGAGCCCGGCCUUGGCUGGGGAGGGAGGGGUAUAAAUAAAAAUUAUUAUUAUUAUUAUUAUUAUUAUUAUUAUUAUUAUUACGUUGUCCAGUUCUGUUAGUUCAAUAAAGGUUCCUGCAGUUAUCACUUUGUUUUGCUUCAUGGAAACCCAUCUACACUUCAAUAGUAUCACAGAACUAUAGUGUAGUAAGGGACCCUGAGAGUUUUCUAGUCCAACCAGCAAGUUUACUCCGCUCCUGUGUUCUGUGCUGCCUGCUUUCUUGUUGAGGAUAUAUCUAUAUGCAACAUUCAGGGAUAGCAUGGCAUGUGGACUAAGCUCGAAUGCUGUAGCUUAAGAUCAAUUAUAAUUUAACCAUUUCAUAUCCAGUAAAUUUUCCUCUUCCUUCUCCAGGACACCCCAAUACCAAAGCUUUUAUAACACAUGGUGGAACCAGUGGAAUUUAUGAACCUGUUUGUCAUGGUAUUCCUAUAGUGGGGGUUCCCAUGUUUAGCAACCAUUCCCAUAACAGGAAGAGGCAGGGGGUACAUGGGGUACACCCCAGGGAAAACCAAGCUCCCAGACAGUGCUAAAUUUUUGGUACUUUGCAUUUUCCAAUAUUCAGGAUAUCAGGGACUGCAAACUCUCUGUUUUAAAAAGCUAUUGUUGUGUGCUUGGCCAGGGUCAGCGUUGAGUUCUAGAAACAUUAAUAUGUAUAGUGAACUGCAAUCUUCAGAGAUUGCCUGACAGUUGGACUAUGCUGGGCACUGCUGCUGAGAAUCAAUGCUAAUAACCUACUUUUAUCAUCCCAUAGUCAACAGAGUCUCAUCUUCUCCUUCCAGGACACCCCAAGACCAAAGCCUUCAUAACACAUGGUGGGAUCAAUGGGAUUUAUGAAGCAAUUUACCAUGGCGUUCCCACAGUGGGGAUUCCCAUGUUUGCUGACCAGCCUGACAAUAUUCAACACAUGAAGGCAAAGGGGAUGGCUGUGGGGCUGGACAUCCAGACAAUGGAAGCUGAAGAUUUAGUGGAUGCUGUGAAGGCUGUCAUUCUCAACGCCACGUGAGUCAACCGCAAACUCUCCUCUGAAAGUGAGAGAUGACUAGUGGUCUCCAUUAGUCCACAGAAUGCAUGUGAGAUUGCUUCAGGGCCAGGUGUAUGGCAGCUUACCUGUGGAAAUGGGCAGAAACCAUGCCAAGUGUCAAAAGCUGAUUAUGGAAGAGUAUUGCUCUGCGCCCGUUGUUUUGCUAGAAUUGCAAAAUUUCCUAGAAUUGCACUGCAGUCUACUUUACAGGGUUGCUGUAAGGAUAAAUUCAAAAUGGUGUUAGAUUCAAAAUGCUACUAUAAAAAGUUGUUGUUGUUUAGUCGUUUAGUCGUGUCCGACUCUUCGUGACCCCAUGGACCAGAGCACGCCAGGCACUUCUGUCUUCCACUGCCUCUCGCAGUUUGGUCAAACUCAUGCUGGUAGCUUCGAGAACACUGUCCAACCAUCUCGUCCUCUGUCGUCCCCUUCUCCUUGUGCCCUCCAUCUUUCCCAACAUCAGGGUCUUUUCCAGGGAGUCUUCUCUUCUCAUGAGGUGGCCAAAGUAUUGGAGCCUCAGCUUCAGGAUCUGUCCUUCCAGUGAGCACCCAGGGCUGAUUUCCUUCAGAAUUGAUAGAUUUGAUCUUCUUGCAGUCCAUGGGACUCUCCAGAGUCUCCUCCAGCACCAUAAUUCAAAAGCAUCAGUUCUUCGGUGAUCAGCCUUCUUUAUGGUCCAGCUCUCACUUCCAUACAUCACUACUAGGAAAACCAUACCUUGAACUAUACGGACCUUUGUUGGCAAGGUGAUGUCUCUACUGUAAAAAGUAGGAUGGUUCAAAUCAAUGUCCAUAGUAUCAAGGCAUGCAUUGCACCCUGCUUGCACACCUCACCCGGGCAAGUAUGCACCCACACAUUGGAUUUGCUGAAGAUAUGCAUGUAAAGUCAGGUGCUCAUAUGCCUAAAUAUUGUAGUUCUGUCACAGAUUUGCACCUCCUUUGAUUUGUAGGUGUUUGUUUUUCAUGACUCAAACCUGGUGAAACACACAGUCCUCCCCCAGUUCAAAAUCAGGGACAGACAGGCUGAAAAUAUACUUUUAAUUAUUAUCAUUCUUUAUUUAUCAAUUAUUGAGUUUAUAUCCAUUCCAUCUUUCCCCAAAGGAGCUCAAGGUGGCAUUCAUGGGUCUUCUUCCCCCCAUGUUAUUCUCACAACAACUCUGUGAGGGAGUUGACGCUGAGAGAGACAGUAAUUGGCCCAAGAUCACACAGGGAACUCCAUGGCUCUGUGAUGGUUUUGACUCUGAUCUCCCAGCUCCUAGCCCAGUUAAUAUGCCUCCACUUUACUGCACAUUCUGGAAAGAGGGGAAUAAUCUUUUCACACAGGUCUGGGAAUUUAUGGGGGGUGGGUCAACUUAUUAACAGCCCUGUGUGGCUCCUUUAAGACUAAGCUAUGCAGGCUGCCAUGCAGUGCAUAUGUUAUGUACUGAGUUGAAUAGGAUCCAAAAGGCAGCAGUCUGAUUGGUCCUAGAUUAAUAGGAUUCAGAAUACAGCAGUCUGAUUGGUCCACAGGAGCCACCCAAUCCAGCUCCAGGUGGAAGGGAAUCCGCAAUCUGAUUGGCCUACAGGAGAAUCCCAGAAUUAGCCAAUCACGUGGGGCCCAUUGUGUAAAUAAUGUAUAUAAGGCAGACAUUCUGGGGGAACUUCCAUUCCUCCUCACCGCUAUGAGCUGAAUAAAGAGCAUGGAAUCCACUUUUGACUCUGAGUAUAUUUCAGCAUACAUAUGGGGAAGCAAUCCCCACAGAAUUCAGUGGGGCUGCACUGGCUGUAAAAGAAGAAUCAGGAAAAAGGAGUUGGAUAAAACCACUAUAAAAACUGUUUGAUUUGAAAUCAAGCUGGCUUUCGAUUUGUUGAUGUCUCUGGUAACCUUUCUCUCACUUCUUGGGUGUUAGCUCAUAUUAUAGAUGUAUGAUCUGUAUCGUUCUAUUUGUUCUGUUGCUGCAGAUUUGUCAUCGCCUUUGGCUAUUUAUAUGGGUUGAGUAAUGUACAGUUUCUUUGGCAUGAAUCCACCCUAGACAUUGCGAUAGCAACUCUGAACCAAGCUAUGGCUCAGGGCUUAUCCUCACUUCCUCUUGUCUUGCUGCUUCCCCCCGCCCAAAAGAAAGCUGCUCUUUAGUGCUCAAUUGGAGGAAACAGCAAUUCCAUUUUGGCCCUGGAUUGCCAUUUGUUCUGAUCUAUUGCCAAAGAGUGAGUUUUACCUUAAAAAGGAACAGGGCAAGAGGAAAACCGCUGGGAUGCAUGCUUUCUGGACACAGCACAAGCAGAAGUGUGGAUGAGCCCUUAGUUAGGUGCUAAGUAUUUAUACAGCUACAGUGUUUAAAUGCCCUGUUUCACUGCAAAGUAGGAGGAUAGAGAGAGGGUCCUAAGAGGUGGUGGCCCCACAACUUUUCUCCCAGCAGUGAAGCAACUGGAUAGCAGGGACACCUUCUGAACCAAAGUAAGACACCUUUUCAGUUUAGUUAGGUGCUAAGCAUUGCAGAGGGACGCAGUUGGCGCUGUGGGUUAAACAACAGAGCCUAGGACUUGCCGAUCAGAACGUUGGCGGUUUGAAUCCCCGUGACGGGGUGAGCUCCCGUUGCUCGGUCCCUGCUCCUGCCAACCUAGCAGUUUGAAAGCACGUCAAAGUGCAAGUAGAUAAAUAGGUACCACUCUGGCGGGAAGGCAAACGGCGUUUCCGUGUGCUGCUCUGGUUCGCCAGAAGCGGCUUAGUCAUGCUGGCCACAUGACCCGGAAGCUGUACACUGCCUCCCUCGGCCAAUAAAGCGAGAUGAGCGCCGCAACCCCAGAGUUGGCCACGACUGGACCUAAUGGUCAGGGGUCCCUUUACCUUUACCUAAGCAUUGCAGUUGUACAAAUACUUAGGUGUCCACGAUAUCUUUGCAAGGGAGGAGGAUGGGGAGAAAACCACAACUCAUCAGGCCCCUGGGAUCUCAUUGUCCACACCCCUAUGACUCCUUAGCAGCCCUGCCAGGUCCAGCAGGACCCAUUGCUACUGCUUACUAACAGGCUUUGUUGCAAUAUUUCCAAAAUAUUAAUAUGGGCAGGAUAUUGUCUUCAGUUAAGCAGCUGCAACAUUAGCAAUAAGCCACUUUUGGAUCUAGAAUGGAAAACAGUAGGCAAGUUUUAAUGCUGCCUAAAAAUUUCCAGAGGUGAGACCAUGUGAGUGUGUUGCAACAAAAGGCUAACCAAUUGAUCAUGAUGACAUAAUAAAUGUGCUGAUUUUAAAAGCUGUUUUUAAUCUUGGGGGUAAUCAUCAAGGACUUUAAUGCUACAGUGCUUGCUAAACUGCAGUCAAAAAUUGAGUUCUGGUCCUAUCUCCAGGGACGUAGGAAGGGGUGGGGCGGGGUGGGGGCCAUCUUGGAGGGGGGUGACAAAUUAUCAAGGAACAAUUACUGCCCUAGUAGGGCGGUUCAUAAAAAACCUUUUUUUUUAAAAAAAAAUGCCUGCUCCAAAGGUCUUAUCUUACUACACUAGGGAUUAUAGGGCUAUAUAUGAAAUUCCAUGCAUAUCAGUUAAUAUCUUGACCCUCCUCCACGAAAAUAGCUGUUUACUUGGCCGUUUUCCUAUGUUGUGAAGGCUGAAAUUUCAAUUCACUGGAGCACUUACUGUUCCCAACCCUAACACUGCAGAAAGCCAUCUAAUUAGACUUUAAUUUGAUUUUGACAUGCUUUUAGGAGGUAAUUACCGUUAAUUAAUUACCGUUUGAUUUUAUACCAAUGUUAUGUAUCUGAUGUUAGCCGCCCUGAGCCCGACUUUGGUCAGGGAGGGCGGGAUAUAAAAAAAGAUGAUGAUGAUGAUGAUUAUUUAUUAUUCCUUUGUAAGAAAAUAUGAAAUGAUGUAAAACCAUUUUUGCAGACAAUAUAUAUAUAUAUAUAUAUAAAUCAACGUGGGAGUGGGUUGACAAGAAAUUUUAUGCACUGGGUACCACCUGACCUUCCUACGCCUCUGCCUAUCUCAAUUUGUUUUUAUUUCUCUCCCCCACCUUCCUUUCCUCCAGAUAUAAGGAAAACGCGUUAAGGCUAUCACAGAUCCACCAUGACCAACUGUUAAAGCCACUGGACCGGGCUGUUUUUUGGAUUGAGUUUGUCAUGCGCCACAAAGGUGCCAAGCACUUGAGAGUAGCUGCGCAUCACUUGACCUGGUACCAAUAUCACUCCCUGGAUGUCAUUGCCUUCUUGAUCGGUUGCAUGGCAGUCUUCACAUUCAUUGCUGUCAAAUGCUGUUUGUGCUGUUUAUUGUAUUGUCGGAAACGUGUUCGGAUCAUUAUGAAGACGAAAACAGAAUAG